UUUGUGGUCAGCCCGUUCAUCAGAGCUCUGUUUCCUGAGAACCUGGAGGCGGAGAAGAGAGGGCGUCCGAGCACGGCGAGCAGUAAGAUCAAGAAACAGGCCAACAGUCUGGUCCAGACCCUGAUGAAGUGCACCCCCCACUACAUCCGCUGCAUUAAGCCCAACGAGACCAAGCGGCCCCGGGACUGGGAGGAGAACCGAGUCCGACACCAGGUGGAGUACCUGGGCCUCCGGGAGAACAUCAGGGUCCGCCGGGCCGGAUACGCCUACAGACGCGUCUUCAACAAGUUCCUGAACAGGUACGCUAUCCUGACGAAGGAGACGUGGCCUCGCUGGACCGGCGAGGAGCGCCAAGGAGUCAUGCACCUCCUCAACUCCGUCCACAUGGACCAGGACCAGUUCCAGCUCGGCAAGACCAAGGUCUUCAUCAAGGCUCCCGAGUCGCUCUUCUUGCUGGAGGAGAUGAGGGAGAGGAAGUAUAACGGGUAUGCGCGGGUGAUCCAGAAGGCGUGGCGGAAACACAUCGCUGUCCGCAAGUACGUCAAGAUGAGGGAGGAAGCCUCGGACGUCCUGCUGAACAAAAAGGAGCGGCGCCGGAACAGCAUCAACAGGAACUUCGUGGGCGACUACCUGGGGACGGAAAACCACCCGGAGAUCCGGCAGUUUGUCGGCCGCAGGGAGAGGAUCGACUUCGCCGACGUCGUUGUGAAGUUCGACAGAAGAUUCAAGACGACUAAGCGUGACCUCAUCCUGACGCCAAAGUUCUUGUACCUGAUUGGUCGAGAGAAGGUGAAGCAGGGUCCAGAUAAAGGUCAGAUCCAGGAGGUCCUCAAGAGGAAGAUCGAGCUCAACAAGAUCCAGUCGGUUUCCCUGAGCACCUUGCAGGACGACUUCUUCACGGUCCACGAGGACGAGUACGACAGCGUCCUACAGAGUGUCUUUAAGACGGAGUUCCUGAGUCUGCUCGUCAAACGUUAUCAGGAGAAGACGCAGAAGAAGCUGCCGCUCAAGUUCAACAACCUUCUGGAGUUUAAGGUGAAGAAAGGCGGGUGGGGUCCCUUUAACUCCUCGGGCUCCAGACAGAUCCAGUUCCAGGUGGGUCAGGGCGACGAGGCUGUCCUGAAACCCAGCGGGAAGGUCCUGCAGGUCUCCAUUGGACCCGGGCUGCCCAAAAACUCCAGUAAGUCCCCGACGCUCUAA